AGCAGCUCAGGAGGUUUUCAGGUGCAGGGCUCCUGAAAUGUUCUAGAAAUUCUCAGGAGUGCAUGAGUGAACGCUAGGAUGAGUCUGGUCUCAGGUUUUCCUCACCACCCGGUCAUGCACCACCACGACAGCCACCACUACUCUCUGCACGCGGCGGCCGGGCGCUGUCACGAGGACACCGGAGCUCCUCCGUACUUCACGAGCUGGCUCAUUAGCCACGCGGACAUGUCACCCACAGAGUACGGCCUCGCGCCCGGCUACAGCCCGGAGUACCACGGCAACAGCAGCGGCGGGUCCACGGGCGGCCUUGACCCGCACCACCACCACCACUACGGCCCCGGCAGCCUGGUCCCAGGGGCCGGGGCCAUCUCGGUGAACGGAGCCGCCGUCGGUAUGCACCACCACCAUCACCACCACGCGCACCCACGCACCGUGAAGAGGAGACCCACCGCCAACCGGAAGGAGCGACGGCGGACCCAGAGCAUCAACUCGGCCUUCGCGGAGCUGCGGGAGUGCAUCCCUAACGUGCCCGCGGACACCAAACUGUCCAAGAUCAAGACUCUGAGGCUGGCCACCAGCUACAUCUCCUACCUGAUGGACAUCCUGGACAAAGACGGACCGCACGGGGACACGCAGGCCUUCAAGGCCGAGCUGAAGAAGACGGAGGCCCGCGAGGAGCGGCGGAAGAGAGAGGCGGUGGAGAUCCCUAAGACGACCUCAUCUUCCUCCUCGUCGUCGUCGUCUUCAGCGGGAGAUAAGAAGAGUAAAGGACGGACAGGAUGGCCUCAACAUGUCUGGGCGCUGGAACUCAAACAGUAGCUCUCCCUCCUCCUCACCCCACCCUCCCUCCUUAAUGAGAGCUGAUAGCGCUCCUCUCCUCCUCCUCCUCCUCCGGCUCUGCGCUCGAGGACGGAGAUAAUGGGACAAAAAGAGUGCGCUAAUGAACUAUAAUGGCGUCAUCCUCCUCCUCCUCCUCCUCCUCUGUGUGGACCUGCACGCGCUGUGUUUCAGUGUGAAGGCACGUGGAAGUAGUCGUCGAUGCUUUGUUUGAUGGAGUUUCUGUUGGCAGAGAUAUGUAGGCUACAGUAGAGGCCACUUCCGGGAGUCUAAUGCGUCUACGUUGCCGCCAUCUUGGAGGGGUGUCAGUAGCUCAUAAUUGUAAGUCUACAGUAAGAUGAGUAAGCUAAGGUCUGUGUAGGAUUAAAAUAUUCCUGUUUGACUGAAUUGUGAAUCUAUUUUUAAGCUGUGUGAUCUAUUUAUGAUGCAGGAUACUCGGUUGAAUAAAUC